AGUGUUGUUUUAACUUUUAGGUUGGUGUGCAUGGAUAAUGUAUCAACAUAUAAAAAUUUUAUUACCGGAAAUUCCGAAAGCCGCGAAAUACUCAGGAGAAGUGUUUUUCAGAGGUUUAAUAAGAAUUACUGACCAAGAAUGUCUCACAAUAUUCAUCACAAGUUAUUCAACAACCAAAAAGAUUUUUGAGAGCAUAAAAAAUGAUAAAAAUAUUAUUAUUGGCUACUUGGGUGAUAAUCUACCAAAAAAUAUAUUAGAAAAGUGUUCAAAUAGUUUUAUUAUGGAAAAUCUUCAAUUUCCAAAACUAAGUAGUCUAGUUGUCAAUGGUGGCAAAAUAAAUACCGAAAACUGCAUUAUUAUGUUGUAUGAUUACGACAAAAUGAAGAAUUCUGAAAAACUUGAUAAUAGUGACUGUUGUUUUUCAACUCUACAAGGUUUUAUUCAAAGCGAAUCAAGGAAAUUUAAUAUUAAAACUGAAAACAAAAUAACUUUGCAAAGUCCGUCUUGGUUGGAAUCAUCAAUGUUUGGCCAACAUGUAUUUAAUUAUGUUAAAUUGAUAAAAUGGUUAUUAAAUACAGUUAGUACUAGAAGAAAGAUAACAAUAGAACAUGGAAACUUCAUGAUGGCUAUUAUUUUAGAUAUAAUAUUAGGAUAUUUAAUAUUGGAACUACUUGUUUAUGAUAGCAAAGCACUUGGUACACUACUGUUAGUAAUUUUAGAGAAAUUAGUCAAUCUAAUGUAUUCCUUGUUGAAAUGGCUUAUGGGAGCACCAGCGGGCCUAAAAUUAAACAAUGCAUUUAACAAAAUGUUAGGAAACUACUUUUUAUAUCACGUUGAGUUAUGGUGGUUAUUCUUAGAUAUGUGUGGUGAAAAAUUGGAUGUGGUGUUGAAUAUUUACCAGUAUGUAGGUUAUUUGGGAUUUACAUUCCAAGCUGCUAUAAUAUCGGACAUGAUGUGCUUAGCCACCUUCCAUUGCUACUGCAUCUAUGUUUAUGCUGCAAGAUUGUUUAGUCUACAAAUAUCAGGCUUAACUGCGCUAUUGAGAUUGUUUGUGGGUAGGAAGUAUAACCCACUACGAGGCGGCAUAGACUCCUGUGAAUACACAAACCAGGAAAUGUUUGUGGGCACAGUGGCAUUUACUAUACUGCUUUUGUUAUUGCCAACAACUCUCAUGUACUAUAUUGUAUUUACUAUGUUCCGAGUAUUAUCUCUGUCCGUGCAAUAUAUUCUGGCAAAAGUUAUAUACAUUAUACAAAGUCUGCCAUUGUACGUUUUGAUAUUAUGGAUAACGCGAUCUCCUAAAAUUUUGGGUAAUAUAUUAAUAGAAGAAGUUGAAAGUAACUCGUCAAUCAUCUUCAAAGUUAAACUAGUAUGUAAUAAAUCACUCGGAGACCUCACAGAGUAUUUUAAACCACCAGUUAAAAUGCUUAAACAAUUUGACUGGAGCAACAUUGUGUCCAACGUUUUUACUGGAAAGCAAAUAAUUUAGGUCGAAAUAAAUAAAUUAAACACAAAAUAUCUGCC